AUGUUCUUCAGAACAAUAGUUACAAUCAGUAUCAUAUCAUUUAUACUUACUUGUUUAUUAAUUUUUGGCGACUCACCUAGUUUUAGAAACACUCCCAUACAAAAAUUAAGGAAUCAACUACUCAAUGUACUAAGACAAUUGAACCAGUUUUAUUCGUAUUUAGAUCAAAAGACAAAUGGUCAAUUAAUUUUCAUUUUGGGGUGGCUUAUACCGUUGGGUUAUUUGGCUGUGGUGACUGUUUGCUUUUAUCAAUUCUGGAUUAAAACUUUCCCAAUUAUUGAAUCCACUACUAGUACUUUAAGUUAUUAUUAUAUUAUACUAUCAAUGUUUGUCAUAUAUUUAUCAACCGUAAUUGCGAUGUUCUCAGACCCUGGCUCAAUUAAUGCAACUUCAUUAAAAACUUAUCCUUAUGAGCCAAAUCAAUUAAUUUUUUUCAAUAAUAAUUUAUGUUCAACUUGUAAGAUUGUUAAACCAGCAAGAUCAAAGCAUUGCUCGGUGUGUAAUAAAUGCUACUUAUUAUAUGAUCAUCAUUGUAUUUGGAUUAAUAACUGUAUUGGAUAUUAUAACUACAAAUGGUUUUUGUUAUACUUGGUGGUGAACAUUAAUAUGUUGGGUUAUGGCUUUAUUGUCUGUUUUAAAGCUAUCAAUUUACAAUUGACUAAUUACACCUUAUCAGGAUUUUGGAAUUUAAUAACAAGAACAAAUGAUACAAAUAAGAUCACUGGUAUAUUUAUAAUUCUUUGUAUUAUAUUCGUUAUAAUAGUUAUUAUAUUUACUGCUUUGCAUUUACGUUAUAUUUACUUGGGUGUAACAACAAAUGAAUUAGAUAAAUGGGGAGAAAUUGAGUAUUUAAUAGAUUUGAAUUUGCUAUAUAAAGUAUCACCACCUAUUAAUAAUCAAAUGUUUGUUGAAAAAGCAUCAGUGCGGUCAAAAACUUUAAGUGAAGAGACGGUAUAUAUAAGUUUGAAGGAUGAAACAAUUUUGAUCAAAAAUGUGAAUAUUGCUGAUUAUAAUAUAAUACCAGUUGAAUCAGUGAUUAGUGAUAUAGAUAACGAGUACGAUAAAGGAUUUUGGAACAACUUAAAAGAUAGAAUCUUUGUAUAA